GGGCGGGCGCGCCGUAUGCACGUCUGGGCGGAAAACGAGUUGUGCUGUGAUGUGUGACGUUUAGUGUUGUGUGUUAUGUAGUCUGUGGUUCCGUAAGGCAUCCCGCCGAUGUGAACUCAAAUCCGCAAUGAGAUGAGUAUGCGCGUGUCGUGGGCCAGGUGGUGUUGGAUAGUUAUCUUCACCACGUGCACCGCGAGGACUGCCAGCGACUGGCUCGACUGCGCUCACAUUGCCACGUGUCGGUGCAAGUGGUCCUCGGGCAAGAAAACCGCCACGUGCGCCUCUGGUGACUUACGCCGCCCACCCACACUCUCCUCCGACAUACAAGUGCUGGAUCUCCACGACAACCCACUCAGAAAUCUCCCCCAAGAAGUAUUUUUCAAUAUCGGCCUACUGAACUUACAACGACUAAAUUUACGCGCGACCAAACUUCGCUCCAUACACGCGGACGCGUUUUUACAAUUAAGAAUUCUUAUUGAGGUCGAUCUGGCUGAUAACGAUCUCGCCAUACUCCCCAGAGAUAUUUUUAGAGGCAACGAGAGAUUGAGAUUGGUUGUUCUCAGUAAUAAUCCGUUAACGAUAUUGUUCGCCGAUCAAUUCCCACCGUUACCGCAUCUACGCAUGCUGUUGUUGGAUGGAUGCCGAUUGAGAACGAUACAUACAAAUGCGCUACGGAAUUUGAAAUCACUAGAAACUAUAGAUUUGCGUAGAAAUCAAUUGACCUACUUGAGAUUGAUAACGUUUUCAUUACCAGCCCUGAAGACUAUGUCUCUAUCGGGAAAUCCAUGGAGGUGUGACUGUAGAUUAAGAGAAUUUAAAGAUUGGUUUUUAGAAAGUAAAUUAGGUACGGAAGAAUUAGUUUGCGCGGAGCCGUCCGCGCAGUCUGGGAACAAAUGGCGUCACGUACCUAGCGAAGUAAUGACGUGUCCGCCUGAAGUAAAAUCAAGUACGUUAGUCAUAAGGGCAGAAGUUGGCGUUGCGGCGACGUUUGGAUGUUGGGUGCACGGUAUACCGAAGCCAAAAGUAACAUGGUUGUUUGAUGGUGUAGAUUUAAAUAAUAGCAGUGUCGAUUGCGACAUGGAAGAAACUGAUUCUAUUAUAGAAGACGACAAUAUAGAGGAAAGAGUGCCCGGUAGUGUUAGGUGGGUGAAUAUCACAUUAUUUAAUGUAACCGCAAGUGCUGCUGGGGAGUGGACUUGUGUGGCCAAGAGCGUAGCAGGGGAGUCUCGAGCCGUGAUUAGUUUAGUAUUGCCAAGGUCCCAAACUGCCACCGCACGAACGGCUCCAGGCAUUCCUCAAUUAUUGGGCGUAGUCUUUGGUGCAUUAGGCGCAUUAGCAGCCCUGGGUUUUAUAGCUGCAGUCGGAUGUUGGCACUUGAGAAAAAGAAGUGUACCACCGAGUAGAAGUUUUAUGGAUCAAGAGAAACGGCUGAUAGAUGCAUCCGUGGUUGUCAGUUGUGACCGUUCCAUUGCUGAUAUGGCAUCUCCUUGUGAUUUUGAGUUGACAGAACGGUCUUUAUCAGUGAACGAACAACCUAGAGGUUGCGCUUUUGAUCCCGUUCAUAUAACUAUAGAAGGUACUCCCGGUGCGUUUCCCCCUCCUCCAGCAGAGUUUGCAGUACCGGUGCCGUAUGGGAAUAUUUUUAUAUCAGUGCAAGUUGCAGGAAGAGGUGAACCGGCAAAGUAUCCAGACUUACUAAGCGGUGGUGCAACGUUGCCGAGACGAACUAGAACAUGUUGUGGAGCUCCCUACGAUAACAUGGGCCCCAGAGUCACAGCGACCGGGAGUUCGACUUGGUCUCUGCCCGGAGCGACCGCCGAGGAACCAUCCGAGACCCCAGUGCUCACCCUCCCGCCUCCACCGCCCGAGUUUGUCUCCCUUUAGCCUAGGCCCCUGGUACUGGACCCCUCCAAUCUGAGGUGACCUGGUACCAAUGAUUUUACAAGUCAAUUAGACUAAUUCCCAAUUUUAUUGUAUCGAUAAUUUUGACGGAUAAUUUAAAUUGUACAUAGUGUGUGCGAGAUGUGAGACAUCCUGUGAGAUUAUUAUAAGGUUGUUAUCAAUAUUGUAUGAUAUGAGUCUGUAAGCAAACUUGUUGUUCGUACGUUGGGAUGUUGACUCGAAAGCAUUUAGUCUCGAUAUUUGUUUACUAGAUUUUCCUUUCUUCGCAUUGUCUUCCCAACUUUUGUAAAUAUUGUUUAUUCGUAUUAUACAAUUUUCCCAAAUAUAAGACUGACCCUUUGUCUUAUUUUCAUGUCUCUUUGUAUAGUGUAGAGCUAAUCACUUGAGCAGAUAGCUGUUCCUUUAAACUGAAAGCAUAAAUUGUAAAAUAAA